AAUACAUAUAUCAUAAUAUAUAACGAAAAGGAAACAAAAGUUCUCUAAAAGAAGGAUGACGCUCGGAAUUGCGUGGUUAACGCGCUUAGCGACGUCCCAACCCUCUUGUGCGUUCACGUAGGAUUGAAUUUUUCUUUCGUCGGUAAACGGGGGGGGAGGGGUGGGUGGGUUGGUUGGUUGAUGGUUGGUUGGUUGGUUGGUUAGUUCGGACGUUUGGUAUUAAUAAUUUCGAAGCUGGAGCUGGUAUCAGUGCCGGUAUUGAAGAGAGGAGGUGGAGGUGGUGCACCAGGAGCUGGUUUCCUGGAUUGGUCGAGCUGGCGAAGGAGACAAGGAGAGCUAAGGAAGAAGCCUCGAUAAAAAGUAGAAAAGUGAACAACAAAAGAAGAAGAGAAAGAGGAAAAGGAAAAAGAAGAAGAAGAAGAAGAAGAAAAGAAAUAGGAGAAGGAAACGUUAGUGGUUGUGACGAUUCGUUAUUAGCUCGACUUUUCUAACGGGCCAUUAUUAAUCGGCUCGAGUUUAAUAGACAUCGCGGAUUUAGACACAUAUCCAAACGCUCAUAUCGAUCAUUCUCUCAUUGUUAACAAAAAUUAAAAAAAAAGAAAGAGUAUAUAUAUAUAUAUAUAUGUAUUAUAUGAUAUAUAAUAUAUAUUUAAUAUGCCGUGCAUUUGAAUCAGAAUCUAUUAUGAUUUUCGAGGAAUAUCAAAAGGAAGAGCAAGGAACAAUGCUGAUGAUGAUGACGAUGAUACGUAUAUAAUAUAAUAUACGUGUGUCGUGUGUAUAUGUAUGAAUAUCAUAUCCCCCAAGCUAGGAACGUAACACAUUCGUCGACGAACGUGUUUUUUGAUUUUAAUCAUUUUUAAAAUAAAAUAUGAGGUGCCUAAGUAAAGAAGUUAUUUAAUAUAAAGUAAUAAGAGAAAAUUAAUAGGAGGAAGAAGAGAGAGAGAGAGAGAGAGAGAGAGAGAGAGAAAGAGAGAAAAAAAGAGAGAAGAAAAGAUUGAGAGGAGAAACUAGUGCCUAAAAAAAAAAAACAAAGCGUACGUAAAGUAACGCUAAAAGUUUAUUAAGGUACGCGUGGUUAAACGUCACGAAAUCCUCGCGAUUAAAAUAAAAUUAAGUAAUUAAGCCAAUUCCUCCAUCGAGAGAGAAUUUCAUCGGUUCGCGACGGUCGGAAAAGGUAAAUCAAGAAAGAUAGAUAAAGAGAGAAAAAGAGAGACAGAGAGAGAAAGAAAAAGAGAGAGAGAGAGAGAGAGAGGGAAAGGGAAAAAGGGAGAUCGAAUCUUCGUGGGUGGCCUUCCUCCGAUCACGAACAAAGAGCAUAAAAGUCGUAAGUAAUGUCACGACUAAUGCUCUGCAAUCUCGCGAAUACGUCGACCGGGGGAAAUGAUACGAAUAACAACGCGAAUACGAACAGCAGCAUGGAGGACGACGAUUCUUAUCCACUGCCAACGAUUUAUCGGUGUCGCGCACCCAUAGCCAGCUUGGAUUGCAUGGAAGAGUUCAACGGCGGUGGCGGUGGUGCAGAGACAGGCGUGCACUGCAGCAACACAGCAGGAACGAAAGAGCAGCUACUGACUAGCUGCAUUGCUGCACAAGCGCAACGUUUACAGCAUCCUUCGCCAGGUAUUCGGUAUCGCAACUUGGGGAAAAGUGGUCUACGUGUUUCCAAUGUUGGCUUAGGUACUUGGACAACCUUUGGUGUAGGGGGAUGCGGCAACGAGGAAACCGCCGAAGCUGUCGUUGCUCUCGCAUACGACAGCGGCAUCAAUGUGUUCGACUUGAGCGAAGCCCACAGCGGCCAUCGUGCGGAAAUACAAUUCGGUCGGAUUUUAUUGCGCCGUGCUUGGAAUCGUUCGAGCUACGUCGUUACGACGAAAAUAUAUUGGAACACGAAGACAGAGGGACGAGGAUUGUCGCGUAAGCAUAUUAUCGAAUCUGUGCAAGCGUCCUUGGUCAGACUGCAGCUGUCCUACAUCGAUAUCGUCAUGAUUCACAAAGUCGAUCCAAUGUGCCCAAUGGAAGAGAUAGUACGCGCCAUGAAUUACGUGAUAAGCAAAGGUUGGGUAAUGUACUGGGGUACGUCACGAUGGUCUCCUGUUGAGAUCAUGGAGGCCUAUACGAAUUGUCGACAGUUCAAUUGCGUUACACCGAUCGUCGAACAAGCCGAGUAUCAUCUUUUCUACAGAGAGAAACCUGAACUAUAUAUGCCGGAGUUGUACAAUAAAAUCGGUGUCGGUUUAAUGGCAUGGUCCACGGUCACCAUCGGAAUGGUUUCAUCCAAGCCGGAAGAUUGCGGAGUGUCCUUCCUUUCGAGAUCCUCUUACAAGAAUAAGUAUUCUUCCUUCAGUUGGACGGAAGAUGAAACGCAGUCUUUGUAUAAGGAGGAAUAUGCUUGGAAGGACAAAUCGGCGGACGAGGAAACACGAAAAUAUUCGGAUAAAUUACGGGAUGUAUGUGCUCUUGCCGAAAGGCUCGGAUGUUCCUUUGGACAGUUGGCCAUUGCAUGGUCCCUCAAGAAUGAAAGUGUUCAGUGCCUUCUCCUCGGUGCGUCAAAUAUAGAUCAGCUGUACGAGAGCCUUCAGAGUUUACAGUUAAUCCCAAAGCUAAACGCGACCGUAAUGAGUGAGAUAGAAAGGAUACUCGAUAACAAACCGUCCCGGCCACCGAUGGUGUCGACUCUGGCACUUAGAUGACAAUCGAUUUGCCCCCCCGGCAGUGGUGGGGGCUCUUUAGACGAGGGAGGAAGCCCGAAGAGCGAGGGUGGUAACAGCCAAGACCAGGAACAAACAAAGGAGGUGAACAACAAGUUGUCCUUCUGCGAGAUACAAUGAACACAUACGGAUGAGUGAGAGACAUACACACACACACACACACACAUGACAUGUACACCCAUACGCACGCACGUACGACGCAUCGACUUGUACACAUUAACAAAUAAUAAUAAUAGUAAUAAUAAUAAUAAUAAUAAUAAUAAUAAUAAUAAUAAUAAUAAUAAUAAUAAUAAUAAUAAUAAUAAUAAUAAUAAUAAUAUUAAUAAUAAUAACAAUAAUAAUAAUAAUAAUAUCCUUGCGUUUCGACGAGAUUACACCGGAUAUGAGAAUAAAUAGAAGAAAAAGAAUUUCAGAGAGGAAAAUGAUGAAGAGAAAGAAAG